GUCCGACCGCAACAAGGAACCAUGGACGCGGACACGACAUCUAUACACGACAUCCAUACCGGUCCCACCGAUGCAAUGCUCCCCACCGCCACGAGCUCCGACGACGACUCCGCCGCCGCAUCGGCGCAACUCGAGUGGGACAUGGGCGAUGCCGCUGCGCUUGCGCCAAAUCUUGUUCACAUCGCAAAGGUGCAGCGCGCGUGGGAGCGCAAGCCUGCAUCGCCGUUUGCCAGGCGACGAUUCAAAGUCGGGAAGAUCAUGAAGCGGACUGGGUCAGGCAACACACUCGCACCUCCCGGCAUGUUUAACGUGCACAUUCGCGAGCCUGCAAACACAGGCGCCACCGAAGGCACGCCGCUGAAGGCGGUCAAGAAGAUGCGCGUUGGGAGCGGUGCGUCGGAUCGCACAUCGAGCAUUGUCAGCAACUGGGACGGGCGGGGCAGUCCGCAAAAUCGCAGAAUCGUGACGAGAAGUGGUCGUGGCGAUGAGCAACUAAUUGCAUUGGCGGACGAAGACGAGGAUCAAGAUUGCCCAACAAAUGAUAUGGACGUGACCGCACUUGUCGCCGACAACGCACUCGAACGCGAAACCCCAGACGACCCUGAAGGAACCAUGAUUGAGAUCCUCGAUGAGAGCGGUAUGAAGAUGGACCUUGCUUCUAAUGACGUGGAUGACGACGAAUGGACCGAUGAAAGUGAUGAUGCUUCGGACUCAGACGACAUUGACCAUACACCUGAUCAGUCAGAAGCCGCGCCCCAGCAGGAUCGAUCUACUCCUCCAACGACACGUUGCGAAGAGUCUCUCGCCGAAAGCGAUGUCGAUGAUGAUGCCACAGAAGUGGACGACGAAGAAGAAAGCGCGAGAGGAUGGCAGAAGCUACGCGAUGAGCUGCCUGAGGAGAGGAGAAAAGAAGCUAAAUCCUUGGGCAUUCCGCUCGGCGAGUACCUUCGACGCUUCUCUCCUAGCUCUUCGGAGUCAAGAAAGGGCGACACGACAGAUCUACGUGAGAACUCCGGCUCCACAGAUGCCACGGACAGACUAUCGAAAGUGCUGUCGAAUGACCAGACGAGCUUACCACCCGGUUUCGUCUCACCUGCCGUCGCCCGAAGACGCCCGAUUAGCCAGGUCAAAGCGCAGAACGCCAGUCGACGGAGGACACUUCCAAAGGACUUUGCAGCACGACAAGCGGCCGUGCAAAACGACGCGCAAUCUGACUCCAGGUAUAACGUUCCUGAUGAGCAGCACGAUUCUCCGCAGGAAGACGCUUGCGUUCUCACCCCUGAGCAAGCUUACAUCAAGCAGCAGCGGCAAACAACAUUUGGGCAAGAAGAUAGCAUGGAGUCAACCGAGAGUCUACCUACUCCGACGUCGAGUCCGUCGGCCCGUGUCCCAGAUGACUCUACGGCGGCCAGGUUCUCUAGUCCAGUCCCCAGCAUCGCUGGAUCACAUCCGCGGUUACCACUUCGACGUUCGCCUAGAAGACAGUCCAGCAGCCCCUUCAAGCGGAAAAGUAUCUUGAAGUCCACGCAGAAACCUCAUUUGAUUGCUUUCACACCCAUCAAGAGGUCCGAGCAAGCCGCUUUCCGUGGUGAUAGUUCGCCCUUACCUUUUGUGCCAUCAGGGAUCGCAAUUGGAGAUGAUAACCCUGAUCGAGCCGCACGAUCAUCUUCUGCACCACCGGAGGAGCCACAGAUGUCACCGCGAAGACACCAGCAGCCGCGCAUAUCUGACGACACUGCUUUGCUCGAAGCGUUUCUCAAGCGGGCUUCUGAGAGCAAGAGCGUUAAGCGGGUGUCGGACACGGCAAGACGCGAAUCCUUUGAGAGGCAGGCUGAAGGAUCAGUCGUGCCCCAAGCGCUGGCCAGCAGUUCCCUUGUACAAGUCGCGCCGACCUCGAAGGAUGUGUUGGGAGAUCUGGACCCUAACAGCCCAUCUCCGCGCAAGGCGUCCAUGACACUUCACGUUGCGAUGCACAAUCAGCCGUCGAAUGCCGAAGAUCCAAUUUCAGACGAUCAUGACGAGGAUGAACUUGCUUCACAGACAAUCCAACGCCCAAGGCCCACAGCGAGUCGCAAAAGCGGUCGAACCAAGAAGAAGCCCGAGACUUUGUCAGCGAGCACGUACUCGGGGCCGGCAAAGAUCUCCAUCAAGGGCAGAAGUGAGGGCGUUGUGCUCAAGCAGACGGAGGCUCAUAGGUUGGCCAUGGAGACCAGGAAAAAUACUCAGGGUAACAAGAAGGGUGCUGUCAUGCCAUUGGUGCGACUCAAGACCUUACGCGAGGAAGCGGAGGCUUUAGCAAAACGCAGUCCCGAACUUGGAAGCGACAUGAUGGAGAUUGAAAAGCCAGCAGGACGGAAGGGCAUCACGUGGUCCGAGACUUUGGUGUCAUUCUACCAAGGCGAGGAGCCUGAAAUCAGCAUAAUGACGGAAGAUGCUUCACUAGAUCCACUCUCGUCACAGGAUGACACCGUCACUGGAUUGGAGGCAGGAAUUGUGACAGAAGCACCGCCUGCCAGGGCAACGCCUAGCAAACCGAGAAUGAGACGUCUGAAACCAUCAAGGACUGCGAGCACGCCUGUCAAAGCUAAGCCCGUAGCUGGGCAAUCGGCCCCGGUGACCGAAGGUGAGACUCAGGCGGCCACGACCACGGACAAGAAGCCCAGAUCCUCAACGUCAGUAAAGCGACAGGUCUCACGCAUCGCGACACCUGCGAAGCCGAAGCGAGGUGCGCCAUCAAAUGUUGACGACGAUGACACAGUCGUGGCCGGUGACGAUACUCUGCAGUUCAUUGUGCCACCUGACGCCUCUUCAACCGUUCAAGAUCAUCCUGUGGCUAAGUUGAAGAGAUCUAUUCCAACCCCCGCGUCUAAAAGGACGACCGGGACCAGGCUGCCAGCGCCGACUGCCACGCUUCCCACUACCGGCAAAGAGAACAACCUCAUCGCAUCUCCACCUAAGAAGCGGAUGACGAAGACGUCCGCUCACGCUGCUGCGGCGCCUAUGAAAUUGGGACAGUCAGGCGAGCCUAGGAGCCUUGCGGCUGCUCCAAAAUUUGACAUUCAGAAGGCAUCCAAAGGCCGCGCAGGGAAUGAUGGGCCCGAGGCAAGCUUAAUAUCCAGCCCACCAAAGAAGAGUGCACGUAUGCUACCAGGGAAGGAGGUGGCAAGGGGCAUCGUGCUCGGUGUUGGAGUAGGGGUUGAAGAUCAGGACAUCAAGCAUGGUGAAAUGUCAUUGAAAAGCCCAGCCAAGAAAAGGACUACCAGGCGGAUGAUCAGCUAAGGCGGUCGGCCCCAUGUUCUGUUGCACCAUCUGCAGAUCACCACUUUCAUGGGCGACCCUCUUGCACGAAUGAAAUCGACUGCAAAUGUGCCGGUUGCCAUUGUUGGGCCUCAUACACGAUCCAACAGUUCGUCUUGCUAGCAAGUCGCGUUACAAGCGCGGCUGUUCCCACGCAGCUGACCACAAUUUGUACGUAUUUUUACUUCUCUUGACGAAGUCACGAUGUCACGCCACACAAUCCCUAGCCCAUCCAUUCCCC